AUCAACACAUUCCUGCAAUCGCUGCUGGCGUUCAAUCUCGAGUUCCGGAAGGGGACAUCAGAGCAGCGAACAGGACGAUUCGAUUUUUAUGGCUGUUAAGCUACAAAUCAUUCCUCAGAUCAACGAUUCUUCAUCAUGAUGGGUCCCUCUUUUAGACUUCAAGACUGCGGCUGUUCUCCACCAGGAGAUUUUCGCUGGGAGCUUCUCCCGCUUCGAUUGUGGACCUUGACCUCUGGCUUAGGCGGGCGAGUGGAAUCGCUGCACUUGCUUCUCCGUAUUAUAUCCGGAGCUAUCUGAUCUGACCACCCGGCAGGGGUCAC